UAUAACAUUGAUGAGCGCUGGCGGCCGCACUGCCACGGCCUCUUGGAUAUCGUCAACAUGGGUCCUCUUUACGUGGUGGUAGCCCUGUGUCUCCUGGGAGCGAGCUGUGCCGAAGACCUCCUCACCAAGGAGAAACUGGUGCAGGCCGAAGACAGGAGUUCUGAAUCCGACCUCAAAACCGAAGCAUCCGAGGUUACGGCGAGAACUUUUGGAAUAUUCUCCCCUAAAUACGGAGGAGGUUACGGAGGUUACUACGAUUAUGACGGUCCAUACGGCAGACCAGGCUAUUAUGGUGGCUAUGGUGGAUAUGGCAACCGAGGAUAUGACGGAGGGUAUUAUGGGGGCGGUUAUGGAAGUGGUUACGGAGGUGGAUAUGGGGGUGGUUAUGGAGGUGGAUAUCCCGUAAGAGGUGGAUAUGGAGGAUAUGGUGGCUACGGAGGUUACGGCAACAGAGGAUAUGGUAACAGUGGCUACGGAGGGUAUGGAGGCUACGGAGGAUAUGGAGGCUAUGGGGGAUAUGGAGGCAAUGGAGGGUAUGGUAACAGUGGAUACGGAGGAUAUGGUAACAGUGGAUAUGGAGGAUACGGCAACAGUGGAUACGGAGGAUAUGGAGGCUACGGGGGUUAUGAUGGUUAUGGAAACCGUGGUUACGAUCAAGGAGGCUAUGGAGGUUAUGGCAACCGAUACUAUGACCGCUAUGGAUCCGGUGGCUACAGCGGUUACGGUGGAUACGGCAAUUAUGGCAGCUACGACGGAUACGGAGGGUACAGAAGUGGUUACAGUUACUCUGGAUACAGAGGUUGAUGAUAAAAGUGAACUCUCAGGACAUGUUUAACUCAUAAUGAGUGUGAAGUUUGAGUGCAUACAAACGUUAUUCAAAUGAUUCCAGUGAUUUUUUAAGUAUUAAUUCUAUGGAUGAAAUAAUACUUUUGAGAUUGUAAAUAACUCUUAAGAGGCCCGUGCUUGGCAUUGUGAAAGAAAACUGGACCAUUUCAUAAGAAGUAAACAUAGUAUAAGAUCAAAACCAAAGUAGAAAGACAUAAAUUGCUGUUAAUGAAGUGUUAUUUAUCCAUCAUUUUCUUCUAAUAAAACUUUUUAUAUGUUUGA